AUGCGAACCGACUCAGCUCCCAUAACCCCUCCGUUAUUACGUCUGCCGUCAGAACUGCGGCGUCGCAUUUACUUUAGGGCUGGGCUGGCGCCCGUCGACCGGGACAGGGCGCCCCUCGUUCUCGAUCUCCAUGGCGACUUCGGCUUCGACUCGGUCAGGCCCGGCUUCCACGGCCUCCUCCUAUCCUGCCGCGCCAUCUACGACGAGGCGUCUGAGCUUCUCUACUCGCUGAAUCGGUUCGUGAUCCGGAUGCCGCCCGCCAGCCCUUACGCCAUGUACAUGCCGCAGCACACCGGGCUCGCUCCCCUGCGAGCACUCACCGACUCGUCUCUGGCGUCGUUGAGACACCUCAAGAUCGUCCUCAGCGAGGCAUCUUGUCACCCGCGAAAGCAGGGUUUGAGCAAGGGGCAAUGCUGUGAUUACGUUGAUCUCCAGAGGGACCCUUGCAUUCCUCGACUCCACCCCUGCGGACAGCAUGAGCCUGUUGGUCACGACGGCCCCCUGAAGGACUCCAACGCGACGCAGACAGUCCUGGCCGAAUGGCAGUCGACGGUCGAAUCUUUGUCGGGUCGUGGUGUGAGCCUCGCCAGCCUGGAGCUCUCUCUUGUCUGCGACGUCCAGCCUCACCAGCCGGAGAUCGCCAGACUUGCAGUGGCCCCUCUCGCUUCGCUAGCACCGCUGAAAGAUUGUCAUAUCCGCCUCUGCAGGGAACACAGCACUCAAAUCCAGGAAAUAGCAGACGACGCGGUCCUCAAGGCCCGGGGAAUCUCAGCUGCCACCCAGAGCCGAACGGCCCUGAAAGCACCGGGGGCGAGCGGCUCGCCCUCCCGGCUGCUGGCUCUCCCCCGCGAGCUUCGCCUCCGGAUACUAGAGUACACAGACCUGAUCACGCCGUGGAGGGAGGUCACGUGGAACCGGUGCUCAGCUCAAUACUGGGAGAGCAGGACAGGCUGGCGCAACGUGGACGGCAUGAGGAGGACCUGCCCGCCCUGGGUUCACCGCGGAUGCCAAUUCUCGCAAUGCUGGAUCACCUUUCCCGGGGCGGACCUCUACCACGAUGCCCAGGUCGUCUUCAUUUCUGGGAAUCGUUUCGUGGUUCACGACUUUGACCCGUUGGUUGUGUGGAAGCACCCUCCUGUGCCUGCUGAUGGCGGCUACCCCAACGAUCGAUUUGCCAUUUCCGUAUUCCUCAAAGACAUCGUCCCGACCGCUUGCUUAAGUCUGCUCCGCUUCGUUGAGAUAGUCUUCCCUCCAUACCCGCAUGACAGCUGGCCCCAGGACGGCGAUGACUCUCUUGAAGACUGGAUCGACUGUGUCCAUCGCUUGAAGUACAACGCCAAUCUACCCGCCCUUACCUUGCGUCUAUAUAUGGUAGAUACGAGCGAGUUCAGGCCUCAGAGGGACCGGGAGCAAUUGACCAAAGAUGACGGGCAGAAAGUGCUGAAAGCCUAUACGCGGAUUCUCGGCCCUAUAUCUGAGCUGGGAGACCUCGGCCUUGCCAGGUUCUACGCUCAUUUCGUUUGGCCUUGGACCUGGACAGAAGCCGUCCAGAGUAGAGUCAGAGAGGGCGACUCGCAAUGGCUGCUGCAUGAGGAAGCAGCCCUAAAAGAACGGGCGGAACGCUGGGUCAUGGGGACUAGGUAUAAUGCGUUCAAUGCGGUCGAUGCAGAACCUCAAGAGUCCCUGUGGAGGCUCACUUUCUACAGGGACUGCUGA